UCUUCUCUUUAAUCUCUUUCAUGUAGCGAUUAUCUUUUCGUAUAUUUCAACUGCAUUCGAUUCACUUUUCGGUUCGACUCGACGCCGAAGCACGCUUAAUUAUUUUCACAGUGCAAGUGUUUACGGCCGAAUUAUGCAGAUAAACAGUGGAACAAAACAAAUAAUAUUCUUCGUGCUGGAAGAAUGGAAGCUUAUAUUAUUUCUGACCCUAAUUUUCGGUGUGUACAUGUACUACACAAGUACAUUUGAAUUCUUUGAACAAAAAGGGAUCAAGUUCAUGAAGCCGUAUCCUGUAGUAGGUAAUUUGGGGUCACGGAUGAUGGCAAAAAAAUCGUUUCAUGAAUUCCAAUAUGAGAUCUACAACUUUUUUAAAGGCAAUCCUUACGGAGGUAUAUUUGAAGGAAGGCGACCAUGUCUGUAUGUGUUGGACCCGGAGCUGAUCAAAGCAAUCACAAUAAGAGAUUUUGAACAUUUUGUUGAUAGAAAUUCUUUAAAUAGUAAUGAACCAAGAUACUUAAGCCAAUCUCUCCUCAAUUUAAAAGGUUCCGAAUGGAAAGGAGUUCGCAGCACACUAACCCCAGCAUUUAGCUCUGCCCGGUUAAAGUAUAUGCUGCCUUUGAUUGAGGUGUGCACAAAACAAAUGGUUCAGUUCUUGAAGCAGUAUGACAAACAGGAUGUUGAAAUGAAGGACACUAUGGGACAUUUUACGCUGGAAGUUAUAGGUGCAUGUGCCUUUGGGAUCAAAUGCGAUGCUUUGACUGAUGAAAAUGCUAACUUUAUAAAGAUUGCAGAAAAAUUCAACUAUAUGUCCAAGUCUAAGAGAAUGUUGAUAUUCUUUUUUCUAAUAUUUGCACCCAAAAUGUUGAGGUAUUUCAAUAUAUCUUUCAUGAACGAAGAGAGUACAAGAGAAUUAGUCACAAUACUGAAAACUGCUAAGAAAGAAAGGAGAUCGGGAGAUUACAAGAGAAAUGAUUUCUUGCAGCUGCUCAUAGACGGAGGUAAUAAAGAAAAUAUUGAUUCGGACGGCACAAAAUCAGGAACAUUGCUGGAUGAUGACACGAUCGAUGCACAGUCUCUGCUGUUUCUCAUAGCGGGGUACGAAACGUCCAGCACGUUACUCUCAUUCGCCAUUCAUAUGCUGGCUACCAAGCCAGAUAUCCAAGAAAAGCUUCGAGCUCAUGUCACGGAACUUACAGAGGGAAAGGAGAUGUCUUACGAGCUGCUAUCGCAGCUGUCUUAUUUAGAAGGAUUUUUAUUGGAAACGUUACGAUUGUUCCCGCCCGUCGCCCGAGUUGAUAGAGUUUGCACCAAGAAAUACACGCUACCCGGAACACCAGUAGAAAUCAACGUAGGAGACGUGGUCGCUAUACCAGUGUACGGAAUCCACAUGGACGCUGACAUUUACCCACAACCGGAGGAGUUCAGGCCGGAGAGGUUCAUGGGGGAAGAGAAGAAGAAUAGACCGGCUCACUUGUUCAUGGCCUUUGGGUCUGGGCCGAGGAAUUGCAUAGGUCUACGAUUCGCCAUGUAUUCCGCAAAAUUGGCCAUGGUCUCGCUUCUGAAAAACUUCAAGUUUUCCACUUGCCCGAAGACUACGGAUCCCAUUAAAUUUGACAAGAGGGGUAUCUUGCUGAAGGCAGAUCUGUGGGUCCGCAUCGAAUCCCUGUGAUUUAUGUGUUCUGCAUACGGGGAUGUGGAGAAUUGUGGAGUUAGAUUUAUUUAUUUUAGAUAUGGUUACGGCAAAUUAUUAAAAAACUGUAGUUAAAAGUAAUGGCGUUAGUCAUAAACGCGUUACUGGCCUGAAUUAGCUAUGAAUCGUUUGUCUUUAUCUGUCAUUUUGACUUGUGUAUUUGUAAGAAAGGAAUCAAACAUAAUUUAACUAAAUCAGGCCCGUAGUUUUAUGAGUAAGGGGGGUAAACCUCUAGCAGAUUUGUAUAAUUUUUGACAUCGGUUUUGAAUAGUGCACCUUUAAUUUGUAACGUCAGUGAUAUUGUUGUUUAUCAUGAUCAUGACGCAAGGAGAUUACACCUAUCAAAUAAUUUCGAGAGGUAGCUCAGUAUUUCGCGCCACGAGUUUGACACUGACAUAUUCGCUAGCGACUGCGUAAACCAUAGACAUAGUAUAUACAAGUAGUUAUAGACGCGCCACCGAGCGACCGGGGGUAAGAGAAAGAAUAUUCAUAUAAAAUUUAGGCAGCAUAAGAUUUUUUCUCUUUCACUCUUAUAAAUUUCGCCAUCGCCUCCUACCUAUGAUGCCACCCGGUCGGUGAUAAGGACAAAGCAUGGCACUAUUUUCUCUUUCCUCUUAUAGGAAUCGCAAUAAUCUUUCUCUAUCAAAGAGUGUCAGGCCCUUGGCGUAAACUAACUCACAAUGCAACUUCCUCGUACUGACAUUGGUGCAAACGAGAUGCGUUCGAGUUGACGCAGCAUUUAAGGCCGCGUAAAACUCAUGGUGAGGAUGCAGAUCACAGAUAUACAGGGUGGCUAAAAAAUAAGUGCAUUUCCGUUGCCAGGGAGGUUUUGGGAUUAUACCGAGCAACUUUUACUAUGUGCCCAACCACCGUGCAUUUAAAAAAAAUGGUUAACCCCUUGAACGGCACGCCAACCC